UGAGCCUCGGAAACAGUACCAGACCACCUACUACUACAUACAUCUCCACCUUGACGGUACGCCUCUCGCCGAAACCGGCAGAGAGAGCAAUGGCCACGCAAGGGUUAUCCGUCAGGCGUCGUGGCCUCGUGCCAUGACGAACGUUCAAGUUCUUCAUCAUCAUCAGUUGAUACCUCAACCCACCUAUAGCUACAAUGGCCCCCUCCGCUACCUCGAUUGUUGAGCCCACCGUCCUCCCUCACAAGGGCGGCGUCUCCGUCGGCAACGGCAUUACCAAGCCUGCUGUGGCCCCCAAGACCAACAGCAACUGGGAUGCCUUUGCCUUCGAGCCGAUCCGCGAGUCGCAGGUCGCUCGCACCAUGGGCCGCCGCUACUUCGAGGACCUCGACACCUACGCCGAGUCUGACGUCGUCAUUGUCGGUGCUGGCAGCUGCGGUCUCUCCGCCGCCUACUCGCUCGCCAAUCAGCGCCCCGACCUGAAGAUUGCCAUUAUCGAGGCUGGCGUCGCUCCCGGCGGCGGUGCUUGGCUCGGCGGUCAGCUCUUCAGCGCCAUGGUCAUGCGCAAGCCCGCCGACAAGUUCCUCGCCGACCUCGGCGUCCCCUUUGAGGACGAGGGCACCCACGUCGUCGUCAAGCACGCUGCGCUCUUCACCUCGACCCUUUUGUCACGUGUCCUGUCCUUCCCCAACGUGAAGCUGUUCAACGCUACCACCGUCGAGGACCUCAUUACUCGCCGUGACGGAGACGCCAUUCGUGUCGCUGGUGUCGUCACCAACUGGACCCUCGUCGCCAUGCACCACGGCGACCAGAGCUGCAUGGACCCCAACACCAUCAACGCUCCCGUCAUCCUCAGCACCACCGGUCACGACGGCCCCUUUGGCGCCUUCUGCGCCAAGCGCCUCGUGAGCAUGCAGGCCAUUGAGAAGCUCGGUGGCAUGCGUGGUCUGGAUAUGAACAGUGCCGAAGAUGCCAUUGUCAAGGGCACCCGCGAGGUCGUUCCCGGCCUGAUCAUUGGCGGUAUGGAACUGAGUGAGGUUGACGGCGCCAACCGCAUGGGCCCUACGUUUGGUGCCAUGGUCAUGUCUGGUGUCAAGGCUGCCGAGGAGAUCAUUGCCGUCUACGACAUCCGCAAGAAGGAGAACGAGAUCUAGAUGCUCUCGCACUUGGUUCGCGCGGUCCGCAUUUGCUAGUGCACGCCGAACAAGAUUGGAACAUGUCUGAUGGCUAGCACUCACUCUUGAGCGUGUAACACGCACAACGUCGAAACUGUCGCUCUUUAAAC